AUGGGAGAUGCUGAAGCAGGCAAGAAGAUAUUUAUUCAAAAAUGUGCUCAGUGCCACACAGUGGAAAAAGGUGGAAAACACAAGACUGGUCCAAAUCUCUGGGGCCUUUUUGGCCGAAAAACAGGACAAGCACCAGGAUUUUCUUAUUCUGAUGCAAACAAAAACAAAGGUGUUAUCUGGGGAGAGGAAACUCUGAUGGAAUAUUUGGAGAACCCAAAGAAAUAUAUCCCUGGAACUAAAAUGGUCUUUGCUGGUCUUAAAAAGAAGAGUGAGAGAGAAGAUCUUAUUCAAUAUUUGAAACGGGCAACAUCUUCAUGAAAUGCUCUUGCAACUUCAAAAAUAUUAGUUAUAAGCCAAAUUUUCCUAUUUCAAAUAUUGCAUGUUCAAAGAAGUCAUAUUUGAUCUUUCUUAUCAGCCUGUAGUAAGUUUAACAUUUUAAAAUAAAAGUUGAUAUUUUUGA